CUCGUUUCCACUUCCGCAUCGGCCCAGCGGGAGUCGCGGCCGCUGUCGGCUCCGUCAGCCCCCCUCCACCGCCGUCUUUAUCUCCCCUUUGAUUCUUCUUUUAAAAGCGUCGCGUCAGAAGCCCGCCAGGAGCUGUAAACGUUCGCGUUCGCUCGUUUAAAAGCGGCUAAAUUUGUUAAUAGAGAGAGAGAGAGACGGGGGGGAGGGGGUAACCGACGCUCGUUUGCCGGCCGGCACAAGGCCUCGCACGGCUCCCUCCCCUGAGGCGGUGUCGCCUGGAUUCGCGGCCGAUAUUCGGGCGCCAAAGCCCCGCCGGUGGAUCCAGGCGAGGUCGGGGUCGCGGUGCGGCCCCGUAGCCCGUGAGCAGUGCUGACGUGCACAUCGUUAAAACAACAGCUCCUCUCGUGAGACGUAUUUAUUUACGUUUAAAAAUAAAGCACGCAGGACUCGCACUUGUUUUGAAAAGAGAAGCUGUACGAAAGCUUUUUCCAGUCAAGAGUGGAAUUUCGCUGUGAACUAAAGCAUCGAGGAUGGCUCCCAAAGGCAAGCCGGGGACCAAGGGACAAAAGCAGAUCGUGGAGGAGAACAAGGAGACGCUGACGUUCUACACGCGUGUCAUCAUCGGAGCAAUUGCUAUAUAUGUCUUUGUCCACCUCGUGCUCUUCUAUAGUUCUUCAACUUUCUGGUCCUGGGCAAUGCUUGUGCUGGCACUGUUGGCGCAGGGCGGCUGCAGGUACGUGAUGGUCCACAUGGCGGUCGCCUCGUACUCGGGGGAUGGAGUUCUACUCGACGGAGGCAUCGAUCUCAACAUGGAGCAGGGCCUGGCCGAGCACUUGAAGGACGUUAUUCUGCUCACAGCGAUCGUCCAAGUGCUCAGUUGCAUAUCAACCUACUUCUGGAUGCUUUGGCUAUUGGCUCCGGCCAGGGCGGGGCAGCUGCUUUGGGUGAACAUCCUGGGACCCUGGUUCACGGCGCAGCCGGAGCAGCAGCAGGAAGUGAGCGAGAAGAAGCAGCGCAAGAUGGAGCGCAAGCAGAUGAAGCGCUUCUGAUGCAGCAGCAGCAGCAGCUUCCUCGUCGAAGCAAACGUCUCGUGACACCGCACGAAGCACACGCAGUCACAUGCCACGGGUUCACAGAAAUACUUUUCCCAUUUAGAAGCGGCUGGGUGGCGGCAGGUGUCAUGGCGACAGAAUGCCGCCACCCCCUUGGGUGCGGUUUCCAAGCCUGGGCCUCGACGUGCCAGGCAAGCGCCACGAGGUGGUGUCGGAAAUGAAAUGAUGAUCGCCUUAUUGAGCAGAUAGCAUUGAUUGUGUGAAGGAAUGUUAACGUUGCGCUGGUAAUUACGCUGUUGCCCGUCAAAUGCUGUACUAAAUUACCAAAACAAAGUAAUUCUGGUUCUCUGCGGGAUGACGAGGUUUAGAAGCAAAAGGCCUUUAUUUAAGAGCUGGGUAAGGCAGUAAUGAACUCUUUCCUGUUCCAAUGACGUGCACGUACGUCAUCAGUUUUUCGCCUCGUUCCGAUGACUUACGCGUGCGUCGUCAAAACGGGAAGAAAAAAAUAACUUGAACGGUACCAAGGCUUCCACGAGGCCAUGCGGGAGGGCGUGGCACAGUUUGGUGGCAGCUAUCGUAGAGUGCGGUUGUGUCGCUACAGUUCUCUGCGAUGAGUACGUCUUUAACAGCAGCAGCGUCGUGCCUCUAAUGGCGGGGAACCUUUUUUCUGCCAAGGGCCAUUUGGAAAUUUAUAGCAUCAUUUGCGGGCCAUACAAAAGUAUCAACUUAAAUAUUAGCCUGUUAUAUUUGGCCAAACAUUUUAUUAACUCACCCCGAAUGUGAUGGCUGGAAUUGCCAAAUGUUUGAGCGAGCCUUAUACGGCCCGCGGGCCGGAUGUUCCCUACCCCUAGAAUGUAACGCUAACCUCUCGCGCGUUUCGAGAUUCGGCGGUGAACGGGACACCCACCCUGCAACUUGCAGACGUCUCGGAACGUGGAAAGGGUUAACGUACCGAUGAACGCUUUGAAAUGCACGCGAAACCUCGUCGCCUCGGAUCGGACUGUUGUUGAAUUGGUGCAGCUCUAACAGUAACGGACUGUUUUUUUUAAAGACUUGCUGGAUGACGGAAUAUAAACGAAAACUGAUCAAUGA